AUGGCUUCCCAGUGGCCGCCGCGAUCCCCCCACGAAGCCCUUCUCGGCACUCCUGGUGGCCGCGACCGGGUCAGGCGUGCCUACGACGGCAGCUCGCCGUCACCGUCGCCUUCGAAGUCGAAAACAUCUCGCCCGACAUCCAUGCUAGCAUCCAGGCCUGUCAACGGCGCUCGCGGGGGGGAUCCAGAGGACGAGCUCCAAGAUGACGAUGAUGAGGAGACAUUACAACUCAAACUUCAAGCGAUCGAAGCUCGGUUAAGAUUGAAGAAACUGCAGACUGCGAAAUCCCAGAGAAACCCAGCUGCAGGGCUAGCUACAGAAUGCCACAGGGCAGGGCCCGAGUCCGCACCUGCCAGUGCUGCCGGACUCAGGGAAGUGCCACUUCAAUCUCGGCUGGCGGCUGCGAGGGAACGUAUGGAUAGGGAGAUAUCUCAGAAGCAGGCUCAGGUUCCUGCUUCGCCGGUCAAGAAGGCCCAGAGCACGGCGGACCUGCAGACCUCGCCGAAACGGAUACUCCUGGGCAUUGACAAGGGACGCAGAGCUGCGGAUGUGUCGCUUAAGAGGGCACCCAGCAUCCGAAAGUUGCAAGAGAACGGCCAGCAGGGGGGAUAUCUGCGGAGGUCGAAAACGCCGAAUCCCGACGCAGCGCAACAAUUCCCUGCCUCUCGCCCGGUUAGCUUCAACGAAAGACUGGCGUCGGCACGGUCCGAAGAGGUGAGCCGACAGGAGAGGCAGGAGAGGAUACAGAAACUACGAAGUACCGCCUUCAAUGUCGGGCAGGAAGAAAUGGAGCAGUACAAGAGCGCGGCUAUCAAUCUGCCGGACAUAGCAGCGAGACCCGAGCAGUUCAGCAGAGAAGAAAUUCUAGCCUCAGCGAACAGGCAAAAUGGGGGUCUGCAGAGGAGUAACACAGCUCCUAGCAUACGGUCAACUUCCCGAGUAGGGUUAUCAGAUGCAGAGGGCCCUCCGCCGGCCUCAGCGGCGAGAGUCACGAAGAAAAAGGUGCCACCCGCCGAGGUUGCCGACCGCGACGCCUCAGCCUUCGAACCGUAUUCUGGCCUACAUCUCUCCAAGCGGGUUCUCCCACACAAAGUCCUUACCAGGGCUGUCUCCGGGAAGAAGACAUACUUAAUAAAAGACCUCCUCCGGCACGUAAAGUCGCCGGAUUGGUCCCUGCCCGACAUAGAGCAGGAUGUGGUGGUGAUGGCCAUCGUCGCCAGCAAAUCCGACCCUCGUCAUCACAGACCAGCCGCUUCAGCCGGGGGUGCGCAGCAGCAAGACCGUGGAAAGUACAUGGUCAUAACGCUCGUCGACCUCACCUACGAAGUCGACCUCUUUCUCUUCAACACUGGCUUCGACCGUUUCUGGAAGCUCACCACGGGGACCGUCGUCGCGGUCCUGAACCCGACCAUCCUGCCCCCGCCGGCCGGCCGCGAGGCGACGGGCCGCUUCUCCCUCGUGAUAAACAGCGACGCCGACACGAUUCUCGAGAUCGGCAACGCUCGCGAUUUGGGCUACUGCAAGAGCGUUAAGAGGGACGGGAAGUUGUGUCACUGCUGGGUCAACUCCAAGAGGACCGAGUACUGCGAGUUUCACACCAACGAGGCGGUGCGCAAGGUCAGGAACAGCCGGGUGGAGCUGAACGGGAUGGAUUUCGGCGGCGGCGGCGGCAGCACGAGGUACAAGGCCAACUCGUACCGCGUGCAACCGCCGAAAACUGACGCGCAGCUGAAGAAAGAGCAAGAGGAGCGGAAGAGGGGCACCUACGACCGCGAGACGCAGUCGCGGUGGUUCGUGAGCGGCGCGAGCCGCAGCGCCGGCGACGACGAGAGGGAGGGCGGGCUGGCCGACCGCGUUGAGCGCGGGGAGGCGCUCAAGCGAAGGCUGGCCCAGAAGGAGCGGGAGCGCGACAUCGCGAAGCGCCUGGGCGAGAUCGGCGGCGGCGCCGGGAAGGAGGCUGACGCCAGGGCCCUCGGCCUCGUCGCGCCGAGGGGCGGGCAGCCGAAGGUCGACCUCGGCCGAGCCAAGCGCAAGCGGCCCGAGAGCUCCCAGUCCAGCUCGACGGCGAACGGGGGCUCGCUCGGCGGCAGGGCGGCUCUGGGAUGGGGCUCGGUGCUGGGGAAGAAGCUGACGAGGAUGAAGGAGGGGGAGAAGCUGGACGGGACCAAGGCGUCGUCGGCCAUCAGCCUGGGCAACUCCGGCCCUGCACGGGGUCCCGGCGGCGGGUUGGAUGAGUCGCCGGUCCGCAAGAAGACGCGGUUCGUGACCGAGAAGGGCAUCCGAGAGGCCGGCAGGGAGAGCUUGGGGGAGCCGCUGUCAGCCACGUCAAGGGGGAGGCAGGUUGUAUUAGAUGAUGACGAUGACGACGAUGACGACUUGAUUAUUGUUAAAUAG